GACUAAACAAGGAAGUUCCCCAACAAUAGAUUGAAACUUCAGAAUCUCCGAGGAAUUUCCACCCCGUUGUUGUCACUCACGGAUUGCUGUGUCUGCAUGUCGGAUCAUACAAUGAGCCGCGAGAUAAAGGGAGGAAGCCGCCGUUUCCUAUGACAUUACAGCAGAACGAAAGGAAGGACCCCUGAGUACUAACGCAACCUGAGUUGGCGUUGGUGUGAAUUACUGCUGAAGUACCGUCCUGAAGUGAGGUGAGCCGGUCAUCCUCCGUCCGCGAGUCAUGACUGCCAGCACAGCCGGCUACCUCUGGUCCCUGGAGGACAUCUUGGGGCAAGGAGCUACCGCCAGCGUCCACAAAGCCCGGAACAAGAAGACGGGGGAGCUGGUGGCUGUCAAGGUGUUUAACGUGGUCAGCUACAGCCGACCCUACGAGGUCCAGAUGAGAGAGUUCGAGAUGCUGCGCCGCCUCAACCAUGUCAACAUCGUCAAGCUCUUUACCGUCGAGGAGAUGCACAUGAACCCGAAGCAGAAGGUUCUGGUGAUGGAGUACUGUUCAGGAGGCAGUCUGCUGAACCAGCUGGAGGAACCGGAGAACGCCUUCGGCCUGCCCGAAGCAGAGUUCCUCAUCGUGCUGCAAUGUGUGGUCCAUGGGAUGAACCAUCUGCGGCAGAACGGGGUGGUCCACCGUGACAUCAAGCCCGGCAACAUCAUGCGGCAAGUGGGGGAGGAUGGACGCUCCAUCUACAAACUGACCGACUUUGGAGCGGCCCGGGAGCUGGAGGACGACGAGAAGUUCAUGUCCAUCUACGGCACCGAGGAGUACCUGUUGAUCAUCUACUUGAUCUGCACUGUGCAAGCAUACUUUGUGUUAUAUCUCCACACUGAUUGGGUAUUAUAUUCUGCUGUCUGUUCUUAUGUUGUGGGUGUGUGUGUGUAUUGUGUGUGUGUGUGUCUGUCUGUGUGCGCGCGUGUGUGGCGUGCGUGGGUGUGUGUCAGGUAUAAGAUCACGACGGAAAAGCCGACAGGAGCCAUAGCCGGGCUGCAGCGGGUUUUGGACGGGCCCAUUGAGUGGAGCUACCAGCUGCCCCACCAGUGCCAGCUGUCCGAGGGUCUGAAGGGGCAGAUGGUGCCGGUGCUGGCGGGCAUCUUGGAGGCCAAUCAGGACAAGUGUUGGGGCUUCGACCAGUUUCUGGCCGCCACCACGGACAUUCUACACCGCGUCACCGUCCACCUCUUCUCCCUGCAGCAGGCCACCGCACACACCAUCUACAUCCACUUCUACAACACGGCGUCCAUCUUCUGUGAGGAGGUGCAGGCCCAGACGGGGAUGGAGGUGGACCUGCAGAGCUUCCUGUACCAGGGCCACCGCCUGCUCCUGGAGCCAGGCAUGAAGGUGGUCAACCUGCCCCCCACCACCCCCCAGAGACCCCUCUUCCUCUUCGGUCGACGCCCCAACAACACCAGGGAGCCCAGGCACCGAGAACCCGAGUCUCAGGUCAUCCCCACCAGGUUUGAUGUGAUGGCAGACUACAGCUUCAGCAAGACCAUGGUGGGAGUGAUCCAUCAGUACCUGAAACUGACCCGGUCCUUACACAUGACCCGGGAACUGAUGCUGCAGGGCUUCUACAGCUACAUAGAGAGCACGCGCGUGGAUUGUGAGGCGGCCAUCCCAAAGAUCUCCAUCAUCACUGUCAAGCUUCAGAGCUGCCUCAACUUAGAGGACAAGAUCUACAGCCUGAGCCAGUCUCACAGUAACUUCACUGAGUGCUCGGACAACCAAAGGAGGCUAAGACAGGUCCAGGAGAACCUUCCGGUGUACGCUAACGGGAUUCGUGAGUUCCAGAACAAAGUGGAGCACUUACAGGUGGAGCUGGCCAAACACUCAGAGACUCUUGCUGAGGACAAGAAUGUCCAGAAGAUGGAGAUCCUCUUGGGGAAGAUUGUGUGUAUUCACCAGCAGUUUAGGAAGGACCGCUCCAUGGGCAAUCUGAGCUACAACGAUGAGCAGAUCCACAAGUUUGAGAAGAUCAACCUGUCCACUCACAUCAAGAAGGUCAAGUCCCUCUACAGGGACGACUGCAUGAAGAAGCUCCAGGACGUCCUGCUCUCUUCUGACUCCUGGACCAGUGUGCUGUUUGAGAUCCAGAGCCGACUCCAAGACUUCAGCACCUUCUUUAGGCAGCUCAUGGAGGACCUGCAGGUCUGUUACGAGGAACAGAAUAAGUGCCUGGAUGAAGCUCUUCAGCGAGUCCUGCAGAGUGCUUCCGGGUCAGAGGGCACGGGAAAAGACCACAUGAUCCUCAGGAUGAACCGUCUGAAAGAUGAGAUGGAGGUUCUGGCCAGAGAGCUUCAGUCGAAUAACAGGAUAAUUGAGAGUCUGGGAGCAGUGAAUUCUGGGAUAGUGCUACAGCCAGACGCAGCUCAACCCAAAGCUAUGUGAGGAGAGGACACACACACUGACCUCUGUGUGUGAGGAGAAGACACACACACUGACCUCUGUCUGUGGACAUUGGACAAUGGAGAGAAAGAUGGGGAGAGGGAGAGAGGCAAGGGACAGACAGAUGAAAAUGGACCAGACACACCCUAGGGCUGAACUACGAAGCAAGGACACUGGUUAACUACAUGUGGGGUAACUUGUGGAGCAUCCGCUGAUCUCUGAAAGGACACUGAACUGGUUAACAAGGGUAGCUUGUGGAGUAUCCGCUGAUCUCUAAUACAACACUGAACUGAGCAGCUAUCGUGUCGAAGGAGGGAGCUAUCAUACAGUAGCCAGAAAAGUUGUAGGUUCGAUUCCCGGCUGCCAAUUAUGUGCCCUUAAGCCAGGCACUUACAGUAUCCCUGAGUUGCUUCGCGUGACUGGCCCUUGUAAUGGUAGACAUGUGGUCGCUUUGGACCAAAGUGCCAGUGAAAUGAAUAAGUAUGAGUAUAUAUGCAUGUAAGUAUAACUCUGGAGAUCAGCAGUUACUCCUGAAGUUACCUGGGUAAGCCAGGAACCAUGCUUCGUAGUACACCCCUCCUGCAUCAGCAUGGACAACACGCCUAACCGUCCAGCACCGACCCGUGGACUCAGAAGCCCAACAAAGCUAACCUGCCAGUACCAGCUCCAAAGACCAGUGGACGCUGGAGUCGACCCGGUUUUGACCUGGUUCUGAUCCAGAGCCAGGGCCAGGCCGGUUCCACUCUAGACUCAGAAGCUAUCUUAUUGCAGUGGAAUACUCCACACACACACACACACACACACUCUCCUACCUGUUUGUUUAUUUCAUUUUCCAAUGACUUUUUGUACAGUUUUAUGUGCCUUAACUCUCAGAUAGUUGUUCAACACAAGAUGCGGUGCUGCCUUGAGUUCUAAUCUCCAUCGGUCAGCGUUUCCAUGGCGCAGCGUACGCACUCUCUGAGGGGCGCAGUGGGCAUUUAGCUACCAGAGAGUGCAGAUAAUUACUGGGGCGCCUCUAUUAAAGCGUCCUCAGUAAUAUAGAGGCUCCUGAAGCGGCCACUGACGCCGCAUUGAUUCAGGUCUUGACAAAGAGCCGUGCUGGAGCACUCGAGUAAUUGCUUCAUCGACCUCCAGACGGGACAGGCGACGGGCAGAACCCAAAUACAGAGAGGCGAGUGACCAAGGACAGCACUCGCGCUUUGUGCCAGGAGAAUCUUUUUUUUUCCAGAUGUGCCAUAAUGCAGUGUUCUUAAUAAAAUCUGAAAUGUAA